AUGCCGGUUGUGAGCACGCACGUCUUCGUGAAUCACAAGGGUGGUGUCGGCAAGUCCACCCUGUGCUAUCAUUUGGCGACAGCAUACGCAAAGAACCAUCCCGACGAGAAAGUGCUCGUUCUGGACUUUACCGAGGUGGGAGAUGUGUCCGAGUUCUUUCUGGGAGGCGCUCACAACCAGCGUGGCAAGCGCCGCCAGAGAGCCAUAGCUCCUGUCGUCAGCGCGACGAGCUACCUCCUGAAGGCGCUAGCGCAAGCCAUUCCAAAGUUCCAGCUCACGGACGACGUGCAGGAGGAUGAGAAGGUCCUGGCCGCGCUCCUAGGGGCGCUGCCGCAGCCCAAGAAGGCGAGCAGCGGUGACCCCCCCCCGGGGCCCUUCUCGCAGGAAAUCGCCUUCUCGCAAGAGAUUACUGACAGCCAAAAGGACUCUGAGGAAGGUGGCGAGGAAAGCGGCACGUCGACUCAUCACGAAGUAGGCCGCAUGGUGAGCAUCGAGCGGUACGCGAUUCCGCUGUGCAAGGCGAACGCCCGGCUCCCGGAGAACCUGUUCCUGUGCCCCAGCGGAGGCGAUGCGGUGAAGAGCAUUCGCUUCUCGGAGACGCAGAGACGGGACAUCUGCGAAGUCCUUAACAAGUCGUAUGAACAACUGGAGGGCAGCUGGAAGCUGUUCAUCGACACGGACUCGGACAAGUCAAGCUACGCGUACGCGGAGAUCGCGCUGGGCGUGGCGGACUACGCGGUCGUGCCGCUCCACGCUGACGUCACCGACUUCUACCGCGUGCGCGCGCUCAUGAUGCACAUGUGCGACCUCAUGAAGGUCAACGCGUGCAAGGCGCGGGUGCAGCAGAUCCUGUGGAACCAAUUGACCGGGCGGUUCAACCGGGAGCUGGACCCUGAGGAGGGCCUGGCGAAGGGCCCCUUCAUCCCGCUCAAGGCGGAGCAAGACAUGAUUGCCACUCUAGAUGCGCUCUUCUACAAGCUGGGCCGAGACUACCCCGAGCUGUUCGUGCUGCCGCCUGGAGGAGAUAUCGACCAAAAGAAGUUUGCAACCCUGACUUCGGUGUGUGUUCGCAACUUUGGAACGGUCAACGUGGCGUCCAAAGACACGGGCGUCCCGAUCCCGGUCAUCCAGCCAGGCAUCUUCCACGGCAGUUACCAGCAGUACGUCCUGGGCGUGAACACGGUCCACAACCAGAAGGUCAACAUCGACGAAGUCGUGGAAGGCCUCAGCAUGACGCCACGUGGCGACGAGCGGCAACAGGCCGAGAACGCCGCACACACGCGCACGCGCGCGGAAGAACCGGCCGAAGAAGAACCGACCGGGGUCCAAACCAGGAGCGCAGCGGCGGAGGGGGGGUCCAAGCGGCAGGCGGAAAGACCCCCCGAAACGGAGAAUGACGUGGCGCAGAAGCGCGGCCGUGAGAACGAACCGACUGAGGAAGAAACAGUUGGUGUUCAAACCAGGAACGGGGGAUCCAAGCAGCAACCGGAGGGAUCCCCCGGGAUGGGGAACGGCGUGGCGCGCAAGCGCGGUCGCGAGGAAGAGUCGACCGAGGAAGAGCGGAUCGGGGUCCAAACUAGGAGCGCGUCGGCCGAGGCGGGGGCGGAGGGAUCCCCCGGGACAGACGAGGAUGCGGUGCAUAAGCGCGGACGUGAGGAAGAGUCGACCGGGGAGGAGCAAACCGGGGUCCAAACUAGGAGCGCGGGGUCCCAGCGGCAGGCGGAGGGAUACCCAGAAACGGACGAGGAUGCGGCCCGCAAAGGAGCGGACGUGAGGAAGAGACGACGGUAG